CUCUUCUUCCCUUUCCUUUCUCCGUGUGUGUGUCCCCCCGUCCUCCCAGUAUCCGCGGCUGCUCCGCUGCCACUGCUGCUUGCUGGUUCUCUCCCCCCCCUCCCCCCUCCUCUCCUCCCCUUCCCCUCCUCUCUCUCCCCCUCCUCCACUUCACUUCCCCAUCUCCUCCCCCUCGACGUUCGACCGUCGCUUCUCUCUCUCUCCCUCUCCCUCUCUCUGUCUGUCUCUCUCCCUUCCCUCCCACUCCUCUCCCCUCCUGUCGAUUUCAUCUCACAUCUCCUCGGGAGAUCGAUAUCUCUCCGACCAACAGCUCCAACGAAGCGAAUAUCUUCCCAUCCCAUUCUGCGUCUGCCUGGACGCGAAGCUCGGACUGUGUUCAGAUAAUCGUCGAGCUUGCCUGCUUGCCCUGCCUGCCUGACUGCCCCGAGACUACUAGUCCGAGGUUGUGUCCGAGGUUGUGCGCAAGCCUGGACUGUCCAGUCCGUUUUCCUGCCUCGGACCCUGGCUCUUCAUCGAAACUCCGGCCUCGGACUCUGCCUCUGCAUCGCAUCUGCUGCCAGUCAUUCGUCUCGGUCGUCUGCGUCUGUGUCAGUGAGUGUGUUGACGUCGGCCGUACUGGGGUCUUGGAUCGUGGCUCACCGUAGAGCGGACUGGAGCAACAUCGAAGGAGUCGCAUCCAUCGGCAAAUCUGCCUCGAAAGGGCCACACUCCUCCCCACCCUCCUACUGCCUGCGGUUAGCUCUCGAUUGUUGUUGCUGCUGCCACAGAAGGGAACGCGAAGCGAGAGGAGCAGGAACGGGAACGCGCGGUGCCGAUUCUGCGGGUAGGGAAGAAUAGCGGCGGGAACACAGGGAAGGCUACAAGCAAGAAAGAAAGAAAGAAAGGAAAGCGAUAGGGGGAGGGUAGCGAUUGAGUGGGAAAGAGCAGUUCAUGGUGGUGGAGACAGGGUGAGAGGCGGCUCAUGUGGUGAAGGACGCACCUUACGAAGGUGCAGUCUGACUUUACCAGAGGUAUGUACAAGAACCAGCUUCAAGAGCUUGCUCAGAGGAGCUGCUUCAAUCUACCCGCCUAUGCAUGCAUUCGGGAGGGACCCGACCAUGCCCCCCGGUUCAAAGCCACCGUGAACUUCAAUGGGGAGAUAUUCGAGAGCCCUAAUUACUGCAGCACUCUGCGCCAGGCGGAGCACGCGGCAGCGGAGGUGGCCCUCAACACGCUCUCGAGAAGAGGCCCUUCCCAAUCGCUUGCCAUGAGAAUUCUGGAUGAGACGGGAGUAUGCAAAAACCUGCUCCAAGAGACCGCCCAACGCGCUGGGGUUUCGCUCCCCGUCUACACGACGACGCGAUCGGGCCCUGGCCAUUUACCGGUGUUCACGUGUCAAGUCGAGCUCGCGGGCAUGAAGUUCGACGGAGAAGCUGCCAAGACGAAGAAGCAGGCCGAGAAGAACGCGGCGAUGGCCGCGUGGUCCGCCCUCAAACAAUUUGCCGUGCAAUUCAUGUCGACCUCGACCGUGCCGGAGUCGGAAGUGACGGAGGAGCAAGAGCAGAAUACGAUAGCGAGGGCGUUGGCCAGCGUGAGUGGCAAGGACGAGAAGCCCAUGUCGCAACCGAGCGUGCUGCCGCAAUCGACGUCGUCGCAGGGCCCGGCGCCCUCAGGGAGAGUGCGGCUGGUGAAUGUGCGGGAGAGGGGGGCAGGGCAGGUCGGAGUGGGAGUGGGAGUGGGAGGAGGGAGUUCGGGUCCUUCCGCAGGGCAGUACCAUUCGGGGUCGUGGAUCCCCAUGGACAUGCCGCAGCAGCAGGAGUCGAUACAAGGCCCGCGGUACAUGCACAAUCACCCGAGCGUGCUGCUGAAAUCGGACCACCCGUACCGCGCCAUGGUGGCGCCGCGGACGCAUUCGAGCACCUCGUCGCCCGUGCGGGAAUCGCCCGUCGGGCUGUCGAGAGAGGCGCUGGCCGCGAGCCGCGCGGCGAGCAACAUUGUAAAUGUGCGACGUGUGAAUAUGAGCCCGACGGUGACGAUGACGCGGAGGAGAGAUCCGCACGAGGUGCCGCUGCCGCUGGACGAGCACCAACGGGACGAGGAGGAGUGGCUACGGGGCGACACGCCCAAGCCCAAGCAACAGUCGGACGCCAGCGACAGCGGCGUCGGCGACUCGAGCGACAAGGAUCGGAGCGGCCCCAUGGCGCACAGCUCGUACAACCCCAUGAUGUGGUCCAGUUCUUCGCCGCAAUGGUGGAACCUGCAAUCCUCCCACGGCGCCUCGAUGCCCAGCCAUCGAAGGUUCGCCACCGGCUCCGGCCUCGCGCCGCCCGUGCGAGUCCGGCAAUUGCUGACCGUGAGCGCCGCGCCCCCGCCGCCGCGUCGCGAGCCCGAGGAUUCGGAGAACGACUCCACGGAAGGAGAAGCCGCGACGCGCCAGGUUCUUAGCCAGCUUAGUCUUUGAGCGAGAGUCUCUCUCUGAGAAGAGUCAGGGAGGUCGCAUGAAAUCUGUCACUGUCGCCAUCACUUUCUCUGUCCCCAUCCCCCCCCACUGUCCCACUGUCAAUGUCACUUUGUGUUGGUUUACCUGAAAACUGGCACGACGUGCCAUCUCUCUGGAUGGACGGUCCACAAUCUAGUAGCGAUCCUCGAGUAUAGGUGUGGAUGUUGCAUCCUUUGAGAUGGGAUAGUCUUACGAGGUAGGCAUUUCUUGGUAGGCUUAUAAUAUAUGCUCAUACCAUGGGCUUGUUCCAUCCCCUUGGAUCCGAUCCUCCACACCAUCGGCCGGGCUGCUUGUAUUGAAUCCCGUGGGAUGGCACGGCUCAUUGGGCUACAGGAUGUUGAGUCUGCAACUAUUCACUAUUCAGGGCAUUGUCAACAUAACCACUUUAUGUUGUGGCACCUUCUUUGUGAAAUAAGAUUCUUGUGAUGCACAUCUUUCUCCUUCCUUAUCACCACCACCAGCACCAGCAGCAGCGCGACGACGCUCGUGUAGGAGUUCGCCCCGCGACGCGACGCCCCUCCCCGCCCACCCGCACGCCCCCGCCCCGUGUGCCCGUGCCCGUGCCCGCCCCGUACCCACCCGCCCGAGUACUUUGGAUACGCUGUAGUAGCUUUGAGGUUUUGGUAGUAGUACGACUUGUGUAGAAGAUGAAGAAGAAGAAGGACGUCGAAGGAAGACGGACGCGAGCAGCAGCAAGCGCUAGUAGCAGCAGUAGUAGACGUAGUAGUAGUAGUAGAUUUUGCAAGGAGAUACAGCAGCAGCAGCCGCAGGCAGUUUCGUAGGAGGGAGUGUAGAUGAUGAUGAUAUCUCUUAAAUUCUUUAGAGGUGUGGUAAGUCGCCUCGGCAGCGCCGCGAGCCAUCACGUGCACGUGAUGGCCGUGUCGCCGGGACGGCCAUAGAUAGAAACGAUUUUGCAGAGGGUUACCUUCAAGUGAAUUCUCUCUGCUACCAUUGUAAUUGGCAUUGAGGAAAAUUGCUCUAUUAGUAUCGGAGCUUGUCUCACU